GUCCUUAAAUUUGACAAAGGAUAAUAAAUCGUUAUAGGAUUUUCUAUGGUUUAAGUUUUUUUUUUAAUACACUGGUUUGACAUAUGACAUUUGUUGACACUAAAUUUGGAGGGAAAUAUCCGAAAUGAAUUUGCAGAAGCAUGAAGGCAACAGAAAAUAUGAGAUUUUACAAACUGAAACUACACUAUGAAACCUUUAAUAUACAUCAUGUAAUAUUUUAAAACUGCUUAAGUAUUGGGAUUUUAGUGAAAUAUUCAAUUUUAAACCAAACAAAACUGAAAAUGGAGGAGCAAAAGCUUUUAAAAAAGCGUACAAAAGCUCAGAAUGAAAAUAACGAGGCAGUCUUAACAAGCGUUUGCACAGAUCUUGCAAAUUUGUACAUGGUCGAAGGCCGAUAUGAUUUUGCAAUUGAAGAAUUCACGACAGUGGCAAACGUUUACAAGAGACAGAAGAAACAGUUGGAAUAUGCUGUUGUGAAUAGGGGCAUUGGAGAAGCCUAUUUAGGCCUGCAGAAGUUUGAAAAAGCGUUGCAUCACCAGAAAAUCUACUUGGAUACCUCGAGAGAACUUAAAAAUAAGUUAGAGGAACAAAGAGCACUUGCCACAAUUGGACACACUUACCUGUCAAGUCAUUUAGACAAUCCCCAGGCUGAUAAAAAUAGUCUAGAUUUAGCUAAUAAGUUCUUGAAGAAGAGUUUAGUUGUCUCGCAAAGCUUAAAUGGACAAGCAAGCAAACUUGAACUCGCAGACAUGUCAGCACGCCUUUUCUCAAAUUUAGGUUUAGUUCAAGACUGCAUGGGAAAUUUUGAACAAGCUUCAGAACUAAUCACCAAAUCUAUAAAUCUGUGCAAGGCACAUGACCUGUAUGAACAGCUCCAGAGGGGUUAUUUAUCUUUAGCAUCCAUUUCAGUGAAAGCAAAAGAUUAUAAAUCAGCUGUACAGCAAUACAAUUUAGCGGCAGAGGCAGCAAAAAAAAUACGCAAUAAACCCAGUUUAUUAUCUGGCGUUCUUCUUAGCAAAUCUGAAAUCCUAACCAAGUUGGGGGACCUCCAAGGAGCAAAGAACGCCCUCUUGAAAGCCUACAAAUUAAAGAUUCCUGACGUGAAGGAGCGCAAAACAAUAGAAAAUAACUUGAGAGUAGUUGCGUCAAUGUGUCGUAAUGAAGAUAAACUCCUUAUAACUGAUAGCAAUGACCAUAAAACCUUGAAAACCUUGUAUGAAAAAAUGGGCGACGGCGCCUGUGAGUUAAGACAGUUUGAGAAAGCUCUAGACUACUACAAAAAGAUGCUAGAAUCGGCGGAAAAAGCAGGUUUAGCGGGAUCAGACUUAGGCACUUGUUAUUACAGCCUAGCAGAAACGUACAAAGACAACAACCAGUUUGAAGAGGCAGUUAUUUAUUUUGAGCAAGAACUGGAAUUGUGUCGAUCGCUCAAAGACAGUUUAAAUACGUUGAGUAAAAUCGCUGACACGAAAGAAGCAGCGGAUGCACCUGCUUCAGAAGUGGAGGCAGUGUAUGAUAGAGCUAUAAAGCUUAGUCAGAUGGAAAGUAAUGCUCACGAGGAAGGACUGAUGUUGAAGCGAUUCAUUAGAUACCUGCGGAGACAAAACCAACAUUCUAGAGCGUUUCAGUGCGAACAAGAGUUGGCGAAGUUGAAUUUUCAUAGCUCUGAUAGUGAAGGCGAGAGUUCAGAGAAUCAAGCUGGAUCUGUUGUGGGUGCUGAAAUCGACUUGGACGCCAUCACAGAUGUUUCCGACGACAGCGACCUCGACCAACCAACAAAACCCCGUAAAAGGACCAAGAAUUUCCAAGUGAGAAGAAACGUGAAAGGGGAAACCCAACUUCACACGGCAUGUAUCAAAGGCCAGCUAAACGUCGCUAGUCAUUUGUUAGAACAAGGCCAUCCCGUCAAUGUUAGAGACAAUUGCGGCUGGUUGCCUCUGCACGAAGCCUGCAUUAACGGUCACAUUGAGGUCGUGAAGCUUCUAUUAGAAAAAGGGGCAGCGAUUAACGACAGGGGCGGUACUAAGUGCGAAGGCAUCACCCCUUUGCAUGACGCCGCUUCCAACGGACACCUCGCCAUCGUUCAAUUAUUGUUGAACAAGGGUGCCAACGCCGUUGCCAAAACCGAUGAAGGCUACACCGUUUUAGAUUUUUUGCGAAAGUGGCGCUUGCCGGUGAUGUUGGAUGAGGAUAGUCAACGUCUUUAUGAAGAUAUAGUCGAACAGGUUUCGGGGAUAUUGGAAAAAGCUGGCCACGUGAUCCACGAACCUCAGGAGGUGAUCGCAAUUCCAAGUACAAGUAGGGACAUGAGAAGGUGUGCCAGUUUUGGACUGGAGGAUGAAAGUAGUGCGAGUAGUGAGAGUACACACUAUAAGAAUGUCAUGGAAAGCUUGAGGCACAGAAAUAGUGAUAAAAUCAGUUCUAGCAGAACCCUGGUUGCUAAAAGACCAGCGCUAUUAUCCGCCGAUGACGUCAUUGACGACUGGCUUGAGGACGAUAUCGGUAAAAGCUUCAAGAAACGUAAGACCAACUCUCCUCGGAAGUCAAAUUCCCCUGCCAAGUCGUACACGUCGCGAAAAUCCUUCGACGAAGUUGUACCUGCGGAUGAUUCCAGUGAAGACUUCCAAAUGUUUGACGAUGAACUAUCUCGUUAUUACGAGCUCCAAAAUACCCACGCUACCCAAAGCAGGCAGUCGUCUCCCGGUCCCAAAACAAGUCCUAAAAAGGUUGUCAGAAAGAAACAAAGUAAGUUAACAAAUUUCGGUCACACUAGAACGUUCGUGGAAGCAGAUUCUACGUCCCCUCCUAGUCUAAGCAGAAAAAGUAGUGUUGAUGCAAGCCCUAAAAAACAGUUGCCUAGGACACACUCUUUUGAUAAAGGGCAACCAGUGAUGGAACCUACUCUAUCGGUAGAUGUUCGAAUUGACAAAAAAUUGUACAGAGUACCAAUUUUGUUAUCACAAGUAACUAUUAAGACAAUCAAAUGGUUAGCAGACGAAGCUGCUGCGAGAUAUGCUCGAAAAGAGUACAUGGUUCCUACUCUAGAGUUAGAAACUAAAAACGGCGCCAUUUUGGCCGACGAUGAUCCCAUUAGCGUUCUUUUCCCGAUGGGGGCGACGCAAGCCGAAGAAGUAGAAGCCCGGAUUGUGAAGUGGAAUGUUCCUCCUCUUAUUGACAGGUUUAAAGAGGCUUGUCAGGAUAUGGGGAUCGCUCCGCAUGACGCAAUCUAUCGAGUCCUGCAAGAGUUCUCCGUCGCUCUAAACUUGUCGGAUAACGGUUUAAAAGGACCCUCGUUGUCCCCUCUCUGUAAAGUCCUGAAUAGACAAACCACUCUGCACGAGCUCAACUUAUCGGGGAAUUUCCUCACGAACGAAUGUUUCCAGUUAUUGGCGGCCAGUGUGGCCUCUCUCGAAAACUUGAGUCGAUUAAAUUUAAACUGCACCAACCUACACGCCGAUCACUUACAAACUUUAGCAAGUACUUUAUCGCCAGAUGUCGCUUACAAUGUAACGGAUUUAGAUCUCAGCGACAAUCUAAUAGGGGAUUCAUGUUUGGAAAAUUUGGCUGUGUUGACGCGACGUUUCCAAUUGAAGAAGCUGAACCUGUCCGGCAAUAAGUUCACGAAAGACAUUUUUAAUUAUUCGUCAAAUAAUCAAGUGUUACUUAAUUUGGAUCAAGUUGAGGAGUUCGAUGUGAGCGAUAAUUGGUUAAAUGGUGGUAAUUUAGUCAAGUUACUAUCGUGGCUGAAACCAUCCAUUCUGCGAUACGUUAAUGUAUCCAGGAAUUCAGUUACGGACGGGUUUUUGGCCGAGGUUUUCAAAAACUGGAGCGACGCAAAAAAGUUGAAAAUUUGCAAGCUGUCGAGGUGUUGUGUGCGUGACUCGGACAUGUUCGACUUGUUGAGGGUUGCGAAUUGUUUGGAAACACUAGACGUGUCCUACAACGACGACUUAACCAGCAUUGCUUUAAGGAGGUUGCUUGAAAGCGACGUCCAAAAUCUGUACUUGUAUGGUUGUAAGAACAUAUUCCAGUACUUCCUCGACUUUUCCAAGUAUCUGGAUGGGUCGUCAUGUGACCAAAAUAAAGGUAAGACUCUGAAAUUAAGUCUUCCCGAAAACUGUGAAAAAGAGAAAGAUUGCUUGGUUAAAAUGUGGAAAGAACUGUACGGCAACAAAGCCGAAGUAGAAGUGAAUUCUCGCUUUUUUUGUUUGUCGUUGUCAAAAUAAUUCUGUGAUUAUUUUAUAAAAUAAAAUUUAUUUGAUUAUUUACAUUAUAA